GAUAUCGUUACCAACAGUUGGCAUCGAUAAAUGGCGUCGAGCGAUGAUGUCACGGCGGCUUCUGGAAACGCCUACUGGGCGUGAACUUACGUAGCGUGCCUGAAUCUACAAGUAAACACAUAUAUACACUCGAGCCGCUCGCACGUCCUGUCGCAACACCAAACCCUUACCAAAGAUCGGAUCUCCAUACUCAUACAAUAUGUCAUCCACAGCAAGCUUUCUCGCCUCUCGACCGAAUGUCCUCCCGGUCCUUCAAGCUACAACAAUAACCUCGCUCUCUAUCAUUUCCGGGGUCUCAAUCUGUCUGACAGCCUGGGUAAUCCCUGUGAUCCGCACUGCGCGAGAGGCCCAAACCCAGACCACUCAAUUCUCUCUGACCAUUGAGAAGGGAUGGAAAUACCUACACCAUUUCAGCCAACUGCAAGGUGCCUCCCUAGCCACCAUUACAUACCUGGUAUCUCAGCAUCCAAAUCCUGCCAUCGCUGCGAAGUGGAGGAUCUGGGCUGCUGCACUAGGAAUCGUGGCAUUCGCAUGGCCCUUUGAGAGAAUUGCAAUCUUUCCAGUCAAUGAUCGGGUCGGGGAGAUUGGUGAGGAGGUGAAGAAGGGAGAUGAGGGGAGGGUGGGCGAGGUGGAUGGGUUGUUGAAGGAGUGGGGAGUGAAGAAUGUGUUUCGAGCUGCGUUGCCGUUGAGUGCAGCUGUGACUGGGUUGUAUUCGCUGAUAUUCUGAAGUUGUGCUGGUGGCUGGACCAGGGACUGAACAUAGGACGUUUGAGCCGCUGUCAUAAUAAUGCGUUUCCAUUGGACAUCAAAAGAGGAACUACUUCUUGAUCCAGUAAUUCCAACACUUGCCUGUCGCUGUAUACAAACAUCUGCCCGAGAAGCAGAAUAUGAAUCGUGUAAAAUGGAGCACAAUUUAAGAUUAUAGACAAGUCCGACCCGAACUCCGGACCCCACGCUACGGUUUGAAUUGUUGGUAUUUGCGUGGCUCACAUCUCAUUUAACU